UACACUCAGAUACGCACUGCACUCCCUUCAUAUGCGGAUUGCGGAGGGAAGGAUUUGAUCUCAGGCUUUCUCCGAAAACAUUUCGUUCCCAUAAAAACCUGUUCUCCCUCUCCCUCUCAUCUCUCUUCUGCAACUAAUCUUCUUCCGUCGAUUUCCUGUUUCUGCGAGAUUAUCUUCGAGAAAUGGCGGAAGAAGAUGCAGCAGACGUAAAAUAUGAAGAGGAAUUCAUCAUCAACCGCCGGGGCUUGAAGCUCUUCACCUGCAGAUGGCUGCCCAGGAAUCAGGAGCCAAAGGGACUCGUCUUUCUCUGCCAUGGUUAUGCUGCGGAGUGUAGCAUCUCAAUGAGAGACACCGGGUCGAGGUUGGCCCAAGCAGGCAUGGCCGUGUACGGCGCCGACUACGAGGGCCAUGGAAAAACGUCGGGGUUGCACGGAUACGUUCCAAGCUUUGACGGAGUCGUCGGUGACUGCUGUGACUUCUUCACCAGCGUCGCCGAGAGGAAGGAGAACCAGAACAAGAAGAAGUUUCUGCUCGGAGAAUCGAUGGGUGGUGCAGUGGCUCUCCUCGUGCACCGGAGGCAGCCAUCUUUUUGGGACGGCGCAGUCUUGGUCGCACCCAUGUGCAAGAUUGCUGAUGAGAUGAAGCCCAAUCCUUUGGUUGCAAACGCGUUAAUAAUGUUAACCAAGUUCUUUCCUACUUGGAAGGUUGUCCCCGGCAAGGACGUCAUUGAUGCCUCUUUCAAAGAAUCCAAAAGAAGAGAGGAGAUUCGUAAUAACCCCUACUUUUAUAAGGGAAGGCCUCGUCUCAAGACUGCCCUUGAACUCCUCAUUGUUAGCGAGAAAAUAGAGAAGAGUCUCCACGAGGUAUCUCUCCCUUUCUUGAUCGUUCAAGGCGAGGAGGACCGUGUGGUCGACCCCAAGGUCUGCAAGCUCCUGUUUGACUCGGCCUCGAGCCUGGACAAGACCCUGAACCUGUACCCCGGCAUGUGGCACGGCCUGACUUCCGGCGAGCCACCGGAAAACAUCGACCUGGUCUUCGCGGACAUAGUCAGCUGGCUGGACCAGCGCAUCAAGCAGGGGACGACUGAGUGUGAGCGCAAGUCCGGGCACGACGUGAGGGCCCUUUCGUCGUAGUUUGACCGUUGACUUUAUUGUGCCGGCCGUUGCCGCUCGGCGGAGGUGCCGAUAUUUUUGUUGUGACGCAUAAGAUAAUGACAAGGCGCAUGACUGUGUAUAAUCCAAAGUUGUCCAUUGUUAUUCU